AUCCACGGUUGCAGAUUGUGUGUGUCCGUGUAGUCACGCCCAUAGGUGGAGUCUUCCACAAUUUUGAGGCACGGUUGAAAUACUCACACUUGUAGCCCUAGCCUUCUUUAAUUUGUGCUCAGCAGCAGUGAGGUUAGUAGACCAGAGUGGGGAAACUUUUGUUGCUUCCCAAACGUAAAAGGGAUCAACACGGAUUUCAAAAUCUGGCAAGAUCUACCUAUCUCUGGCUGGAUUUAAAACCGUAAAUCGUCUCGGUUUUUCUUUUAGAUUUUCUUUUUGUUUAGGAAGCAUAAAAGAUGGGAGCUCAGUUUUCCAAGGGUGGAGUAGCUGUUGAUGGAAAAGCCGUCGACGACCCAGCUGUCGCUAAAACUAAUGGACAGGAGAAUGGCCAUGUUAAAACCAAUGGAGAUGUCUCUGCCAAGCCCGAUGGGGACACAGCUCCCGUAGACGGGAAUGGCACAGCCGAGCCAGCCAAAGAGGGCGAGACAGACUCCAUCGAGGCUGCCCCUGCUGCCGAAGGAGAGGUGGCCAAGGUCGACGGAGAGGCCGCCAAGGAUGCCAAGAAGAAGAAGAAGUUCUCCCUGAAGAACUCCUUCAAGUUCAAGGGCAUCUCGCUCAAGAAGACCAAGAAGAGCAGCGAGGAGGAGGCCGCCUCCCCCACGGCGGAGGACAAGCCAGAGGAGAAUGGCCACGCAGCAAAGGAGACGUCAGCCGCCGAGCCUGUGGCAGAGGCCAAGGAGGCCACCCCGGCCCCAGGGGGUGAGGCUGCAGCAGCAGAGGCCGCUCCCACAGAGGAAGCCCCUCCCACAGAGGAAGCCCCUACCGAGGAGGCCGCAGCCCCCGCAGAGGUCACGACACCCGCAGCAUCUGAGACCGAGCCCAAGACAGAGUGACCGUGACUCGUCGCAGCUACUUGAACUGUUUUUCCAAGAUUAAAGUAUAUAAAUAUAUGAGACUCGUGCCACGUUCUUAAACUUAUAAACAAAACUACAAACGAAGACAAAUGAAGAAGGCUAUAUCACGUUUGCUGAUUCAGCCACCAGUUCACUGCCUUUAUCAUUUCUCUACUGACGGAAUCUCACUGGCCCUCUCACGAAAGUGUUGGCUUACAGCGCCCCCUCAUGGUACACACUGGGACUGGCGUGUGGGGAAGGUAUUGGAUUGGAUGUAGAAUGAAUCAGGAAUACUGACUUAUUUUCCCAAUUCAUGGAGAAGCAUACUUUUAAACGCGUGGCAGUCCUAUAACAUUUUAUUUUUCUUUCUCAUCUCUUGGGAUUUAAAAAUCGACAACGGUUAUGGAGCAGGGCAUACCACCUCCUUCUCUCGAAAUGACUGUUAUAUGGACACAAACCUUUCAAAUCAUCAUCUAAAAAAAAUAUAUUCUACAUUACUAUGUUUUACCCCCAAAUUAAGUGUUUUGUGCUGUAUAGAAAAACAAAAUUCAAGGAGGGGGAAAGGAAAUGUCUUCGUUCGUGCAUUCUGGUUAUUUUCUGGCUAAAACACAUUUGAGCUUCUGAGUCUUGCGGUGUUCACAUUUCAGAGUUUAUGAUGCAGAUGUUGGGGUCGUGUACAAAAAUGUGAGCUUUUUAUCUGCAAUUUGUCUCUGUAAAUAUGUUUUGGCCAAUAUUUUUGGUUCUCUUUAUUUUGCUAUCGUUUAAAGAUGCUAAUUGUUUUAUUGUAACUUUUAACAAGGGUAAAUAAAUGUUUGAUCCCCUAUG